UUAAACGCUGCUCGUUAGCGUUGAUGUUUGUGGAGGAUUAUUGCAGACAGCGGAAUGGACAGCAGCAGGCAGUAAACGCAGAAGGAGGCGCAGUAACACAGCCCCACAGGACACCGACCAUCAUGGAUUUAACUUUUGUAUUAUCUGCCGCUGUUUUCACGCUUCUCGCAAUUGUGAUCGCAACGUCGCUGUUCACCAGAACCUCAGCCGACGCUGCAAAAUCGCGGCUAUUAUUGGGACAAGGUCUAACCGGAGGAUUAGAUGAACCUGGACCAAGGCAGAACGGACACAUACCGGAGAAGAAGGGGAAGAAGGGCAAGAAGAAACAGGAGGUGGAGGACGACUGGUGUGACAUCAGUGGGAGCUCACACGAUCACUGGGAUGUAGUUAAAUCAGUGCUUUCAGAGGACACACAUUCCCCCACUGUCAUUGAAGAGCCGUCAACACCAGUUGACUUUUCACCCUCCACCUCCACGAGGUUAGAGGUAGACUCGUCGUCCGAGGCCUCGUCAGGAAGGACCCGCAGGUCAUUCAUUGGGCUCUCUGAUAAAGAGCUACUAAAGUGUGCUUUCUCUCACCCCCAGACUGAAGGAGUCACGGCGAACCCGGACAUCAACGAUGACGGGGACACAGAUGAAAACAGUUCCUUGAAGUAUGUCCCUGGAAAGGCGCGAUCCCACCACUUGGAAAUGAUGAUGUCCACAGAGGAGCUGCAGGAGGAGCAAAGGGUGCAACGAGAGCAACUGGCGGCCAUCUUCCAGCUGCUGAAAGAAAACAAGGAGACGUUUGGGGAUGUGUCAGAGGGAGACAUGGAGGAGCAGCUCAGACUGUACUCCAUCUGAAAGUCCUCUCUCGUCUGCAGCCCAUGUUCGCCAUCCUGCCUCUGGUGGCGCUCUUUAACCUGUGAGCGCGUCUGGACUACACCAGUAUACCAAAUACUUCCAUAUACUCCUUCACAGUAUUCAACACAGCCGUGCUGUCCACUUAUUCAACUCUUUUACAUGUUUUAAUACGGUAUAAUUUGUGUUAUAUUGUGUUGCUGUCAGUCACAUGAAACCUGCCCCAGCUCUUCCAGACCAGGGUGAAGGCUGAAAGUGAUAAAGGACUCUUAGUUUCAUAUGUACAACAAGGAGAUGUUUAUCAAACCUGCUUUUUUAAAGUCCCUCCUUUCAUUGUGUAACAUGUACAGUCUGCUUCCCUGUCUGUAAAGUUUCUUUCUGCAAAACUUCACAUUGUGUAAUUAAACCCAAUAGGAUUAAGUUACCGACAGUUCUUAAAAACUCUCUGAAGCAAGUUUCGAGAUUUCGACAUUCACUGAAGUGCAUUGUCCUC